AUGCGUGCCUGUUUGUCUCUUCGGCUGCCUCUCUGCCGGCCUGUCUGCCUGUGGUCUUCUGGACGGGUAAAAAAAACGCCGACCCUCACCCUAUCUCGCCCGCUGGGAACCGAAAACGGGAGGGACGAUGUCGACGUGCAAAGUGAGGCGAUCCAGUCUUUGUCUCGCUCCACGUCCUUCGGCCACCUUCAUCCCCGUCUGCCAGUGAGGAACCCGACGAGCAAACGGUGUUUUCCUUUACCCUCCAUUCCGCGCGUCCAGAAAUCCCUGGCCAUCCCUAUUCCUGUCGACCUGUUUCGUUCCGUUCCGAAGAGACGCCUCUCCACGCCCCCUUUAGUCAUUGUGUUUAAAUGUCUUUGCCGUGACCUCACACCCACCUUUCAGUUAUUCACUCCCACAAUUCUUUUCUCUCCAAAUUCAGUUACUAUUCUAUUGUCCUCUGUUCCCCUUUCUCCUUCAUUAUAUUCGCUAUGUCCUAUUUUUGAUGUCCUCUGCUGUUUUGUUUGUUUUUAUUCUUCUUUCUUUAACAUCGUAUUUUCCUUAAUUCUUUUUCUGUUUGUUCUCGCAUCCCAAUUCAUCUAUCUUUAUUCUUUCUUUCAUUUUUUUUCGUCUUCUUCAUUUUACUCGUUGUUUCAAAACUCGCUUUCUUCUUUAAUAUUUUCUUUCUACCUUUCCUUCGUUAAUAUCUUCUUCCUUUCCUUACGGAUUUUUAUAUACAUCUCAGUUUUAUUAGCUUCGUUUUCUUUUUUCGAUCUUUUCUUUCUAUUAUCUAUCUAUGAUAAUCUACGUCCAGCGACAUUUUAUUUUUGA